AUGCGGCUUAUCCUAACAGGCGCCACCGGGCUCGUCGGGUCCGCGACUCUCAACCACAUUCUGUCUCUUCCCCCAGGACAAAUAUCUCGAUUAUAUAUCCUCAGUCGGAGUCCCGUGCCAAUGGCCGAAGGCAAGCCCAACGUGACCGUGAUCGAGCACAAGGACUUCAACGAAUAUGGCCCCGAAUUAUUAGAGAAGCUGAAGGGCGCGGAUGGAUGUAUCUGGGCACAGGGCAUUUCGCAAACGCAGGUGUCGAAAGAGGAAUACGUGAAAAUCACCCACGACUAUCCCCUUGCGGCUGCGAAGGCCUUUUCGGGAUUAUCAGAGAAGUUCAACUUCGUUUAUGUUUCCGGGGAAGGGGCCACCCAAACCCCAGGCUUCCUGACGCCUUUUUUCGGCGUCAUCAAGGGAAAAUGUGAAUCGGAGCUCAUAGAGCUCUCGAAAAGCUACCGCAGUUUAAAGCCCUAUAGCGUGCGACCGGCAUUCGUGGACCCUACCUAUGACCCGCAAGUCCUGAAGCAUGUAUUGCAACGACCGGACCAGCAGACGCUAGCGAAGACACUGCUGCGGAAUGUCGGUGGGCCACCGUUUCGGGCUUUCUUGUCCAAUAGUGUCUCUCCGACGAAGGAGCUUGGGGGAUAUCUGACGAGGUUGGCGAGCGGGGAUGGGAAGCCGUUGUCUGGAGAGGGGAUUAGUGGCGGUGGGUGGAUUAUUUCAAAUGUUGCUUUUCGGAAGGUGAUGGGACUUUGA